CAGAGGCUGUUGCUGAUGCUAACAAAGCAAUUGAAUUGAAUCCUUCUCUACCAAAAGCAUAUCUACGGAAAGGUACUGCAUGCUUGAAGCUUGAGGAGUAUCAGACGGCCAAGGCUGCUCUGGAGACUGGUGCUUCAUUGUCUCCAGACAACCCAAGAUUUGUUAAUUUAAUCAAAGAGUGUGAUAAGCUCAUUGCAGAAGAAUCUUAUACCACCAUACCUAUACAGGAAAAGACCAUAGCGCAGGAUGAUAACCCAAAAGAUGUUGAACAACAGGAUGAUCUUCCAGAGAAGCCACCAGUUGCUGUGAAUAAACCUAAAUAUAGGCAUGAAUUCUACCAGAAACCUGAUCAGGUGGUUGUAACCAUAUUUGCAAAGAAAAUCCCCAAGGAAAGCAUAACUGUUGAAUUUGGCGAACAAAUACUAAGUGUUAGUAUUAAUGUCCCAGGGGAAGAUGCAUAUGUUUUUCAAACUCGCUUAUUUGGAAAGAUUGUACCCUCCAAUUGCCGGUAUGAUGUAUUAUCAACCAAAAUUGAAAUUCGCCUUGAGAAAGCGGAACCUAUUCAUUGGUCAUCUCUUGAAUUCACCAAAAACGUUGUAGUUCCACAGAUGGUUAAUGCCUCUUCAGUUACUGCAAGUCAUAGACCUUCUUACCCGUCCUCAAAACAAACCAGAGAUUGGGACAAGAUCGAAGCUCAAGUCAAGAAAGAGGAGAAAGAUGAAAAGCUCGACGGGGAUGCUGCAUUGAACAAAUUUUUCCGGGAAAUAUACCAAGAUGCAGAUGAGGAUACCAGAAGAGCAAUGAAAAAGUCAUUUGUGGAGUCUAAUGGAACUGUGCUGUCUACAAACUGGAAAGAAGUGGGAUCAAAGAAGGUGGAGGGAAGUCCUCCUGAUGGCAUGGAGUUGAAAAAAUGGGAAUAUUAAGAUACUUUCUGAAUCAAUGUUUAUAUAUAAUUUGGUGUGGGAUUAUGCUUUUAAUGCUUUCUGUUGGUUAGUUAACUGCUGAACUAGAGAUCUUAUUUUAUUCGAAUUUUUUUUUUUCAUAAGGUUUGUCCGUCUUCGCUUGGACCUGAAUUAAUGGUUGUUGGUUGAGGACAAGGCUGUUCCUAUUUGGUUAAUAUAAUGCAACUUUCUGGUUUA